AUGAGUUCAGAAAAUUCAAAACCACAAGAAAAACCAACUGCUUCAACAGAAUCAAAUUCUACAACAGAACCAAAAACAUACGUAGAAGAAACAAACGAACUCUUGAAAAAAGAUGAAUUAGAUAAACAAGACUUAAAUAAAAUCGAAGAUAUAGCAAAAAAUAUAUUAAAUCCAAAUAAUGAAAAUCCUCAAAUGAAUGAAUAUAUUAAUUCAACGAUGUCUUAUAUUGGUGAUGUCAUACAAAAAAUGCAAAAUACUAAUGAUAAGGAUGCAACUGCAAAAGAAAUUGCUGAUGAUUUAACCAAGAGAUUUGAAAAUUGGGCAAAUAAUAAGAAAAAGGAAAUUGAAGAACAGAAGAAGAAUUCAACUGAAACUAGUUCUUCAACCACUGAUGAAAAAAGUUCAGUUUCUACGGAUGACAAAAGCUCAAGUACUAUUGAAAAAAAAUAA